AACCCUGAAUGCUUCUUCUUGUUGCAUCGCCUCUCUUUCUCUAACCUCAAAAUUAAACACCAUGAAUGCUAAAAUAGUAGGCAACGGUGACAAAACCUUAGUUCUCGCCCAUGGUUAUGGAGGAAGUCUGUCCAUAUGGGAUUAUGUGCUCCCUCGCUUAUCACAAAGCAAUCGAGUUCUUCUCUUCAACUGGAGCUUCUCGAGCUCAGUUGACCCUUUGAUAUCUCCCUUUGAUCCGACCAAAUACUCUUCGCUUAGUGCCUUUGCGGAUGAUCUCAUAGCUUUGUUAGAUGAGAUGAAGAUGGAGGGUGUGGUUUAUGUUGGCCAUUCUAUGGCUGGUAUGAUCGGUUGCAUUGCUUCAGUUAAGAGGCCUGAUCUUUUUAGUCAUCUUGUGCUCAUUGGAGCUUCUCCUAGGUACUUAAAUUCAGAUGAUUACAAAGGAGGAUUUGAUCGAAAGGAAGUCGAAAACAUUUUUUCCGUUAUCAUUUCAAAUUUUACAACAUGGGCGAGGAAUUUCGCUACUCUUGCAAUGGCAACAAGUGAUCCUGUACCUAUCGAGAAAUUCUGCAAGAGCUUUUUAGGGAUGAGGCCUGAAACUGCACUCUCAGUUGCAAAAGCCAUAUUUCUAAGUGAUUGGAGAGAUAUUUUGGAGAAAAUAGAGGUACAAUGUACCAUAAUCCAAGGCACUAAUGAUAAAGUUGUUCCAGUAUCAGUUGCCAAUUAUAUGCAGAGCAAGAUGAAGGUGAAAGCUAGAAUGGAGAUCAUAGAGGGAGUUGGACAUUUUCCUCAGCUUACUUGUCCUAAUAUGCUGAUUAAUAUCAUAGAGAGAGUGUUGAUGUUUACAAAUGGUAGAAACAAUAUAUGUAUGUAAAAGUCCUCAUUAAAUUGUUAGACUAUAUAAUUAAUUAUAAUCCUCAGCUCUUAUCACAAACUUUAAAGUUUCGGUGCAGCCGGAAGGAUUAAAGAUGACAUCAAAUUGAGGUCCAAAUUUCUCACCAGCCACGUAAAUCUAGAAAAGAUGUUGUAUGAGUGCAGAUUUCUAUUGCCUUCAACCCACAUUAUAAUUUCGGAAUUAUGGUGUAAUGAAGGGAAUGUAGACUGAUGGUAGGUUUGUUAAGUUAUUGUAGUUUGUAUGAGUGGUAUCAAUAAAGGAAUUGAUGAAUGGUGUAAAACA